AUGAAGCCCGGUGCCUCUCUCCGCCUGAGGGCCCUCCGCCCGGUGACGAGCGGUCGCCUCCCGCUCCCCGCUUCGGCGAGAUGGCAACACCCGCGAGCCAGAGCCAUGUCGACCGUCGUCGACUACGUUCGGCCAUCGCAGCCGCCUCCUCCCCCGGCGGGAGCGCACGACGCGGUUGAGAAGCAGCGGGCUGAGAGGAGGAAGCAGAUUAUGCGGGAGGCCGUCACGGCGAACACGGUCCGACACGACUGGACCAAGGAGGAGAUUGCGGCCAUUUACUACCAGCCCGUUCUGGAGCUGGCGUACCAGGCUAGCACCGUCCACCGUCGAUGGCACAACCCCGCCGAGGUGCAACUUUGCACCCUCAUGAACAUCAAGACGGGUGGCUGCACCGAGGACUGCUCCUACUGCGCCCAGUCGACCCGGUACCAGAAGGGCACCAAGGUGCCGGCCAAGAGGGUUGAGAGCGUCGAGAGCGUGUUGGCGGCGGCGCGGACCGCCAAGGAGAAUGGCAGCACCCGAUUCUGCAUGGGUGCCGCCUGGAGGGACAUGCGCGGGCGCAAGAACAGCCUCAAGAACAUCAAGGCCAUGGUCGAGGGCGUCAAGGGCAUGGGCAUGGAGGUCUGCGUGACACUGGGCAUGAUCGACGCCGAGCAGGCCAAGGAGCUCAAGUCGGCCGGCCUCACGGCGUACAACCACAACGUCGACACGAGCCGCGAGUUUUACCCCUCCGUCAUCUCGACACGCAGCUACGACGAGCGCCUGCAGACGCUGAGCCACGUGCGCGACGCCGGCAUCAAGGUCUGCUCGGGCGGCAUCCUGGGUCUCGGCGAGUCGAGCGAGGACCGCGUCGGCCUGCUGCACACCGUGUCCACCAUGCCGAGCCACCCCGAGAGCUUCCCCGUCAACGCCCUGGUGCCCAUCAAGGGCACGCCGCUGGGCGACCGCCCCAUGGUCGAGUUCACGAGCAUGCUGCGCACCAUCGCCACGGCCCGCAUCAUCAUGCCUUCGACCAUCAUCCGCAUCGCCGCUGGACGCAAGACCAUGUCGGAGGAGAAGCAGGCCAUGUGCUUCAUGGCCGGCGCCAAUGCCAUCUUCACCGGCGAGAAGAUGCUGACGACCGAGUGCAACGGAUGGGACGAGGACGCCGCGAUGUUUGGCCGCUGGGGUCUGGAGCCCAUGAAGAGCUUUGAGAAGUCUCCCCAACCGGCCCCCGAGGUGAGAGUUCUGUAA